AUGGAAAACAACAACACCAACACUAACACCAACACCAACACAAACACCAACUACACCAACAACAACAACAAUAAUGAAAAUCAAGUAUUGAACAUUGAAGUUGAUUGUUCUGCUAAACAAAAGAAGAGAAGAGAUUUGAUCGAUUUAAAUGAAUCUCCUCCUUCUCCUGAUUAUUCCGAGGAUUCUGCUGAUGAUUGCCAUGUGGCAACAAGAGGAGAUGUAAGACUCCAAGCUGAAACUGAAGUUCAACAACCAGCGUUGAAUUUCUCAUCCCCAACACCACCUGAUCAAAGACAUGGUGCAGAAGAAGAACAAGACCAUGUGCAAAAUGAUGCAAAUGUAGUGGUGAAAAAUGCUGAAAUUCUAAGGGCUAGGAAAGGGAAGAUGCCAAUGAACUUUUCUGAAGCAGUGCAUGCCAAAGAAGAUAGUAUAACUGAUGAUAAAGAAACAAAUGUACCAACUGAUGGUCAAGUUUCAGAUACACCUGCGGAUGAUGAAGCAACUGCCAUUGGAGGAAUGAUGUUGCUUCAAUAUGAUGAUGGUGGUGCUAGUGGAUCUUGUCCACAAAGGAAGAGAAAGAGGGACUUCUCUGAAUGCUAUAAAACACCUUGCCCCAUGACAGAUGCCGGGCAAAAAAUAGUGAUCCGAGUUGAAAGCGAUGAAGACAUUUUGGAUGAUGGUUAUUGUUGGCGCAAGUACGGAUGCAAAGAGAUCAAAGGAAAUCCUAACAAUCCUAGGGGGUACUACAAAUGUUCAACACACAAUUGUAACAUUAAAAAACAAGUGGAAAGGGAUGCUAAAGAUCCAAAAUAUGUACUUGUUACAUAUGAUGGAAAACAUACCCAUGGACCUGUCAUUGAUAAGAAAAGUCGACCAACAUACUCGAGAAAUACUAAUGCAGCUGGAGUGCGUAGAAAUGCCAGCAUGCCGCCACCACCAUCACCACCAUCUGCAUUGCCUAUGGUUCACCCUCUCCCUCCUUUUCACCAAUAUGGCUAUAUACCUUAUGGUAUGAAUUACGGUUGGCCUAAUACCAUGAUGUGGCCUUUAUUAAACAUGUCGGGCAAUACCAUGAUGCAACCUUUCUUGAACAUGACGGGUAACACCAUGAUGCAACCUUACAGACCCAUAAGUGAACAAAAUUUUCUAGAACGUCGUGUUUCAACUCCAACUCCUAUUGGUACAAAUCAAGUUGGACCUAAUAUCAAUAGGGCAGUUCCGCUUCCUGUAUUUCCGAUAUCACCAUCAUUACCACCAUUUCACAUUGUACCAUAUGGUGGGGAUUUUCUUCAGGUUGGUGGAAAUGGUAUUGUUGCUGCUCCAGUCUUUCCUUUCAUGGGUACUUCACCAGCUGAUCAGGAAGCUACAAAUGUUCCUGACACCGAAUGA